AUGGCAAGCAAACGUAUGCCUGGCUCCUGCUCGGCCCCCCGCAGCCUUCCACUUCAGGCGGCAUCUGAACCCUGCUACAGCGGCUUCCACCAUGCCGUCACCGGGGGCGGCGGGACCAGUCUGGAGGCGGUAAUGGACAAUCUACAGCGCCAACAAGCAGCUCGUUUUGCCGUAGAGGAGAAGCUCCAGCAGGAGGGAAAAAACAGAACUUUCCGCAGUGUGGUACAGUCCCAGAUCCACCAGCAAGCUGUGGCUUUUAGCCACUACCACGGCGCGCUUGGCAACACUCUCGCAGCUGGAGCUGGUUCCUCCACCGGGAUGAUGCGUCUUCACCGGGAGGACAAGGACGGGAAUUUAAAACCUUGCACUGGUGAGGAGGUGUGGGUCACAGAUGGGCAGGAGAUCACUGAUGAAGAGGAGAAUCACAAAGACAUGUCAAACUCUUUCCAACUCCAUGAAGCUUGUUUGUCUCCAAAGGGCGCUACGGUGCGCUUCCUUACCACUGAUCAAGUUUCACGCACAGAGUCUCCGUCCGCGCACUUCCAUUCCCAGCAAGAGUGGACCUACGAGGAGCAAUUUAAACAGUUGUAUGACCUUGAUGAAGAUGAAAAGCGCAAAGACUUUCUUGAUGACCUUUUCAAUUUCAUGCAAAAACGAGGGACUCCAGUGAAUCGAAUUCCUAUCAUGGCAAAGCAGGUGCUGGAUCUCUACAUGCUCUACAAGCUUGUCACAGAAAAAGGCGGCUUAGUGGAAGUCAUCAAUAAAAAGAUAUGGCGUGAGAUUACCAAAGGCCUCCAUCUCCCAACCUCUAUUACUAGUGCAGCAUUUACUCUCCGAACACAGUAUAUGAAGUACCUCUAUCCAUAUGAAUGUGAAAAGCAGGGACUGAGCUCUCCUGGUGAACUUCAAGCAGCAAUAGACAGCAACCGUCGGGAGAGCCGUAGGCAGAACUACAGUUCUACCAUCUUCAGCUAUUCUGUCGCAGGCCCACAGACUUCUCUCCCAACAACAAAAAUACAGCCACAUGUACCAAUGCUUUCUCACCAAAGCAACGUUAUCACCCAGGCUCCUUCUGUCAAAAGAGGUAAGAUACUUGUUACCAACUUGAUUUUCCUCUCUGCCCCUGUGCUUUCUCUCUUGACAGAUGAUAGACAAGAGUCCAUAUUGAACCUGUCUACCAACGGCAUUAACAGCAUCAACAUGUCAAUAGAAAUAAAUGGAGUUGUCUACACAGGUAAAUAGAGGAGUCUUUUGCUGGUGUAAUUGCAGUGAGGAAACUCAAUAAGUUAUAGCAGCACCCUAGUGUUGAGUCCUUUACACAAUUUGAUGUCUUUUCUAUAAAAUCCAGCCUGAUGAAGCAGCAGCCCUACAGAGUUUAAAAAGUUAGAAAUCUUGAAAAGGGACCUUUGGAUUUCAGGUCGAAGGAGCUUGGUGUGUGUGUGUGUGUCUGUGGGAGAGAGAGCGUACAACAUUUGGCAGCCUUCAUAUCCAAUGUAUGUCUUCUUUUUAAAGGGGGUAUUAUGCAUUUAUGACUAUAGGAAAUGUAUAACACUGCAUUCACAUAUGUAUACAUAUGCAUAUACGUACAUAUGCAUAUAUAUAUAUAUAUAUAUAUAUAUA